GCGUGCGCACUGCCUUCCCAUACCUUGAGAAUCUAAAAUGGAGGUGUGUGUGAACGCUCCGAGGCUGAGGUAUAACUUGGUGUUUCCGGACGGUUCUGUGGUCAGAGAUGUUCUGACCCGGUUCAUUCAGCUACAGGGAGUUUCAUCUGAGGAUUUCUACGUCGUCAGAAACGGUCGACUGUCAGAUCUGGAGGAUCCUCUGCAGCAUGGAGCCGUCUAUCACCUGGAGCCCCGCCUCUGUGGAGGGAAGGGAGGGUUUGGCUCCAUGCUGCGAGCUCUCGGUGCUCAGAUCGAGAAGACGACAAACCGUGAAGCCUGCAGAGAUCUGAGCGGACGGCGUCUGCGAGACGUGAACCACGAGAAAGAGAUGGCGGAGUGGCUGAAGAAGCAGGCGGAGCGGGAGGCAGAGAAGGAGCAGCGUCGUCUGGAGCGUCUGCAGAGGAAACUGGCCGAACCCAAACACCAGUUCACCGAUCCAGAAUAUCAGCAGCAGUGUCACGACCUGUCGGAGAGACUGGAGGACUCAGUGCUCAAAGGUCUCCAGGCGUCCUCCAGCAGCCAGGUGAAGGUGGACGACAUCUCAGCAGCAAAGAGACCAAACUCAGACCAGAGCGUAGAACCAGAGAAGAAGAAGAAGAAGAAGAAGAAGACGGCAGGGGCGUCAGCAGCUUGUUUCUGGACGGGGGUGGGAGAGCUGGACGAAGUGCUGAGCUCAGAGGAGGACGACAACGACGAUGAUGAUGAUGACGACGAGGAGUCUCCGUCCACAUCCUCCUCUAGCUGUAGAGCUGUUACCAUGGCAACGCUGAGAGAGAAGACAGGGCCUGAGCAGAGCAGCAGCUCGUCCUCGGCUCAUCAGACUGUCAGACCCUCAGAGGACCAGAGACCUCCAGAACCUUCCAAAGCCUCAGAGUCCAGCUGUGGGUCUCAGCAGCAGGCUCCAGCAGACCAGGCUCCGGCUGACCAGUCUGUGGCGGACCAGGCUCCGGUGGACCUGUCCUCGGUGACAUCAGUCCAGCAGCUGGAGUCUCUGGGUCUGGAUGUCCUGAAGGAGGAACUGAUGUCUCGUGGGUUAAAGUGUGGGGGGACGCUGUCGGAGCGCGCCGCCCGUCUCUUCUCCGUCAGAGGACUAACACCAGAUCAGAUCAACCCGGACCUGCUCGCAAAACCAGGCAAGACCAGGAAGAAGUGAAAAGGUCAGAGCUGGAGUCUCCAGGAGAAAAGACACGCCCCUCAAAGUGACAUUAAAGGACCAGUCUGGUGUUUCUGACCCAGACCACGAUUCACAAAAUGUGGCUUUUCAGCAUUAUCGUGGUUUCUCAUUGGACAGAAAGUCAGACUGAAAGCUCUGAAAGCUGGAAAUAGCCAGUAAGUGGUCAUUGAGUUAAGUCCACUUACUGCCUUUGUCCUGAACUGAAGUCACUAUGCUGAGGAAGACUGCAAGAUGGCGUUGAAAGCUCUGGAAAAAGCUAAUAAGUGGUCCUUGAGUUGAGACGUUUUGGUGGCAGGGUUAGGGUUAAUAUUACAGACUGUAACAACCAAUCAGAUGCUUCUUUGUGGAUCCGUCCAAUCAGAGACCAGCCCUUUAGUUCUGUUCCACCAGUUUUAUUUGAUCAACUUCCUGUUUAACGUUUUUAAACCAGAAGCUUUUAUUAAAAUGUCUCUGAAACUAAACUGAAGUUGUUUUCUUUACCUGCACUGAUGUACAGGUGUGUACAGGUGACUGCACACCGUCAACAAUGUUUACAGUCUGUCAUUAAUAAUUGUUUACGUGACUCAGAAACAUGAUGCGACAGUUU